GUGACGACAUUAAUCCUAAAAUGUGACUUUAGAAAAAGUAAAGCAGCUCUUCAGAGUAAAUCUGCGCUCUAAGUGGUUUAUGAGUUUGUAUAUAAAGAGGCUGGAGUCUUCAGCUGUGGUAGAAAGCUCAGCGUCACGAUGGGGAAACACUUCCACCUGUUUGAGAACAUCUCUAAAGUGGACCCCUUUGAGGGGCCACAGCAUUACCUGGCCCCUAUGUGGGCCUUUUACCUGCAGGCUGCCUUCAUGGGCUUUGUGCUGUUUGCAGGAGCUCCUUUAAACUUUGUUGUUCUCCUCGUCACAGCCAAGUACAAGAAGCUCCGAGUGCCGCUCAACUACAUCCUCGUCAACAUCUCCUUGGCAGGAUUCAUCUUUGCCAUCUUCUCCGUCAGCCAGGUGUUCGUCGCCUCCGUGAAGGGUUACUACUUCCUUGGUUACACCUUGUGUGCCAUGGAGGCUGCCAUGGGAUCUAUAGCAGGUCUUGUGACGUCCUGGUCUUUGGCUGUCUUGUCUUUCGAGAGAUACCUGGUGAUCUGUAAACCGUUUGGAGCCUUUAAGUUCGGCAGUAACCACGCUUUGGCUGCUGUUGUCUUCACCUGGGUCAUGGGCACCAGUUGUGCAAUCCCACCUUUCUUCGGCUGGAGCAGGUACAUCCCUGAGGGUUUAGGCUGCUCCUGUGGACCUGACUGGUACACUCACAACGAGGAAUAUAAAUGCACCAGCUACAUGCACUUCCUGCUGGUGACAUGCUUCAUCAUGCCGAUCAGCAUCAUCAUCUUCUCGUACUCUCAGCUUCUUGGAGCCCUGAGAGCUGUAGCAGCUCAGCAGACGGAGUCAGCCUCCACCCAGAAGGCAGAGAAGGAAGUGUCGAGGAUGAUCAUCGUCAUGGUCGGCUCUUUCGUCACCUGUUAUGCUCCGUAUGCCCUAGCAGGUCUUUACUUCGCCUACUCGACAGACGAAAACAAAGAUUAUCGACUCGUCACCAUCCCAGCUUAUUUCUCUAAGAGCUCUUGUGUGUACAACCCACUCAUCUACGUCCUCCUGAACAAACAGUUUAACGCCUGCAUCAUGGAGACAGUCUUUGGAAAGAAAAUGGAGGAAUCUUCUGAAGUUUCUUCAAAGACAGAGACAUCUUCAGUGUCCACAGCUUCUUAAUAAACAGACAUCCUUUACAGAGUUUGGAGGGUAAUCCUCUUCAUGUGUUAAUACACUGAUGAUCAAUAUGUAAAUACAUUAAACUGAUAUUUAUUGGACUGUAGAACAUCUUUGUUUAGAAGGCAACAGAAAAAUAAUAAACUUUGAUAAAGAGUUUGUUUGUCCUCAAUUAAUUCAGACUACUUCUUACUCUGCUCUCUCAGACCACUCAAAGCAAACACUACAACAAACUGAUUUUUAAAUGUUUUAUUGAUAAACAGGCUGUCAAAGUACAGCAUGAAGUCCAAAACAUGGAUCAAUGACUUUCUAUCUGUAUGCAAAUUCAGCACAGGCUGAAGUGAAUAAGUCUGAUAAAUAUAAAAUUUGAAUUUACAUUUGAACUUAAUUUUAUUCUCCAACCCUCUUUAAAUAAAAAUCCCAAACUGUUUUAAAGUUAUGUCUUUGUGUGUUAGGUGUCAGUGUUGUGAACUGUCAAAUCAAUCACUCAAA